ACACUGGGUGGCGCUGCAGCCCCGCUCUCUCGGCUCCGAGGAGCCAGAGCGAUUCCUCCGCAGCGUCUCCGCCCCCCGCCAUGGCCGACGUGGAGGACGGAGACGAGCCGGGCGCCCCCCACUCUCACCCGGGCUCCUCGGGCGCCAAGGCGGGCGCUGCCGACAAGAUGUUCUCGCUGAAGAAGUGGAACGCGGUGGCCAUGUGGAGCUGGGACGUGGAGUGCGACACCUGCGCCAUCUGCCGGGUACAGGUCAUGGGUAAGCGCCGGCGGGCCACGGCCUUCCCCCCGUCCUGGGCGGAGCCCCGCACCCCCUCGCUGUCCCGCCCCAUACCGCGGCCAGAGCCCCAUAUCCUGGGGAGAGGGGCCUGUAUCUCCUCACUCCCCCCCGCGGGGAGAGCCCGGGGCCCCGGGGGACCCUAUAGCUCCUCACUGCUGUCCCCCGCGGCCAGAGCCCCACAUCCUGGGGUCUGAAUCUCCUCACUGCCUGCCUCCCUCCACAGGCAAAACCGGGGUUUCUGUUGGAGCUUGUACAUACUGGGUUCCUUCUUUCCCACACGGACCUGUUUGCUGGGAUGAUACUAAGGCCAUUUAUGUAGUGCCUAAUGCCCUACCUCUGUGUUUGUCCCACGCCCUAGCAGUAAUUGCAGAAAGGAUCCUGUGCUGGUAGCAAUGAGUGACAUAGCUCUAUGUGUGUUUGUACCAGAAAUAAAUAAUCAGAGGCUUCACUUAAGCAAUCAGCUUUAUCCUGUAAUAUUCUUUAUUUCCUUGAAAUAAACUCUAGUUCAGAGGUUGGCAACCUU